CGAACUAAAGAAAUAAGUAGAGGGACGAAUAAAAUGGUUAGAAGGUUUUAAGAAUAAACCGCGUCGCGUCUCUUUUCUGGAAAAAACGAGAAACUGUGAUCUUGGCCCUUUUAUUACCCCUAUCCUCUUCUUCUUCAAUCUCUCCGAUCAAAAUCCUUUUAAGCUCUGUAGACCCAGGUUACGCAGAGAAGAAGAACAGAACAAGGAAUUAUAUAAUCAUUGGCUUGAUCAAUCUGAAUUGCAGUUCAUGGCGCUAAACCCUCAAUUACUACCCAAUGGGAUGCCUGUUCCCUUUGUUAAUGAAAUGUUCGUCCUAGUCCGAGAUGGUGUUGAGUUUGAAGUCGACAAGAUCCCUGGAGGGCAUGGAGGUCAUGUUAAGGCCAAGGGGGUGAUUUACUUGUCUAAUAUACGGAUGGUCUUUGUUUCAAGCAAGCCUGUUGACAACUUUGUUGCUUUUGACAUGCCCCUGCUUUACAUCCAUGCCGAGAAAUUUAAUCAGCCAAUAUUUCACUGCAACAAUAUUGCUGGACAAGUGGAGCCUGUGGUGCCAGAAAAUGAGCAUAGAGCUCUAUAUUCAACACACAGUUUCAAGAUCCUAUUUAAGGAAGGUGGUUGUGGGACAUUUGUUCCUCUCUUCUUGAAUCUCAUAUCAUCAGUGAGACAAUACAACAGACAAAUGCAACAAGCAGCAGAAGCAGCAGCGGCAGCUCCUCAUGUUGAUCCUCUUCAAGCCGCUCAGACACCUGUGGACGAAAUGAUGAGACAUGCGUACGUGGACCCUAAUGAUCCAACGAGGAUAUAUCUGCAACAGCCAUCAGGGGAAUCUCAGUUGAGGCGUAGAGCUUACCAUUCGGGUGCGGCGGAACAUUGAGAUACACGGAAAAAAAAAAUACAAAGGCUAUGAAUACAGAAACAGCAACAGAUUAGUGUUGCUAAUAAGCAAAACGUGUUGUUUGUUUGUUUAAAGUUGAAAACUAAAAGUCUAAAACCAUCUGUGUAAAGAAAGAUGAGACUUGUUUGGUGUGUGGAUGUAUCUGGUAAAAUUGGAGUCGUAAUAAUCAUAAGUUUGGUUCAUAUAUUGAACAAAAUGUGGGUCGAAAACCCUGCCGGUUCGCCUGAACCAUGAAAAGUCGGAUUUGGCUGAUCCGCA